UAAAUUAGAAGUACAAGAUCGCAACCAAUUCUAGAUUCAUUUUGUAUAAUCUAUGGAUUAUCUAUGAGUAUUGUAUUGUCAAAAAUUGGAAAAUGGCCGCGAAACAGACUUCUACAUUACAAGAAGCACAACCUUCUGAUGAUAUUCCCUUGACGUCCUUAGACGAAAGUCUCCUCAGCUUAGAAAAGCUGGAUCGUGCAUCUCCAGAACUAUGGCCGGAACAAAUACCAGGGGUAUCGGAGUUCGCGGCAAUGCACAAUGCUAACCAAUCGCCUCCUUCCUGGAGUAGGGGUUUCACUAAGGAGGAUAUAAAUUAUAUGCAACAAUUAAGUUCACUGUCUACAAGUGGUCUCAUAAUGGAAGUGAAGAAGCUACAUGACCUUGCUUACCAAUUAGGGCUUGAAGAAGCUAAAGAAAUGACUAGAGGGAAAUACCUUAAUAUAUUUACCUCAAGGAGACAGAAACAAUAGUAUGUUAAAGUUUGUUAUAUUGUUAUUAUCUUCAAUGUAUAAUAAAGCCAUAAUUUAGUUUUUAA